UUUGAAACAAUUACCAAUUGUAAAAGCGCUAUAUAAAUAAAUUUGACUUGACUUGAAAGGUUAACGAGAAUUAUCAAAUCAGUUUCUUGAUUUUAUAAAAUUUUACAAAAUAUUUAAAAUUUUUACAAAAAAGCAUGAAUGAGGAACCUUUUUACAGACACACUUGUUUUUCACACGUCACUCAAACACAGAACCAGGAAAUGUGAGUUCAGAGUAAGAGAAACUGAAGUGUAGUUGAGCUGUUGUGUGUUUGUGUCUCUGUAUUCAUGCAGUAAAAUGGCAGAAGCCAGAAUUUCAGUGGAUCAGAAUGAGUUCCUGUGUCCAGUGUGUCUGGAUAUCCUGAAGGAUCCAGUGGCCAUUCCCUGUGGACACAGUUACUGUAAGAGCUGUAUUACAGACUGCUGGGAUCAGGAGGAUGAGAAGAGAGUCUACAGCUGCCCUCAGUGCAGACAGACCUUCAGUUCAAGACCUGCUUUAGCUAAAAACACCAUGCUGGCUGAAGUGGUGGAGAAACUGAAGAAGAUUAAACUUUCUGCUGAGUGUUACGCUGGAGCUGGAGAUGUGCAGUGUGACGUCUGUACUGGAAGAAAACACAAAGCUGUCAAGUCCUGUCUGGUGUGUCUGAACUCUUACUGUCAGAAUCACCUUGAACAACAUGAGAAUUGGUUUAAAGGAAAGAGACACAAUCUGACUGAUGCCACUGGACGACUGCAGGAGAUGAUCUGCCAGAAACACGACAAGAUCCUUGAGGUUUUCUGCUGCACUGAUCAGAAGUGUAUAUGUGUGCUGUGUAUGGAUGAACAUAAAAACCACAUUACUGUAUCAUCUGCAGCACAGAGGACAGAGAAACAGCACCAGCUGAAGGAGACACAGAGGUGGUUCCAGCAGAGGAUCCAGCAGAGAGAGAAAGAUCUUCAGCAGCUGAGAGAGGCUGUGGAGUCUCAUAAGCGCUCUGCACAGACAGCAGUGGAGGACAGUGAGAGGAUCUUUACUGAGCUCAUC